UAAAAGAAGAUUGAGAAACCUCUGGUCUUGUGCAUCUCGAUUUCACGUGCCAUGGAUCGGUGUUAUGUCUACUGGAGUAACCGGUGAAUAAAAAUAAAAUUAAUAACUUAAUUAUAAUUCAAUAAAAUAUAUUCCAGUCUGAAAAUGGGUAUUCUACGAGUGCUCAAUGGCCACAUAAAUCCCAACCGUUUGUCACAGCUUUCCAGUUUUUUAAAUCAGAUAAAUGGCAGGUGCAUGGCAUCGUACGAAAAAUAUGCGGUUCACAAAGACAUUGAGAAAAUUCGAAACAUCGGGAUAUCCGCUCAUAUAGACUCUGGAAAGACUACAUUAACAGAACGUAUUCUUUAUUAUACUGGUAGAAUUGAUCAGAUGCAUGAAGUCAAGGGUAAGGACAACGUUGGAGCUGUAAUGGACAGUAUGGAGUUGGAAAGACAACGAGGAAUAACUAUUCAAUCAGCAGCUACUUACACAAUCUGGAGAGAUCACAAUAUAAACAUAAUCGAUACACCAGGACACGUGGAUUUCACAGUGGAAGUGGAGAGAGCUCUGAGAGUCCUGGACGGAGCGGUGUUGGUGCUCUGCGCUGUGGGAGGUGUACAAUCCCAGACACUCACUGUAAACAGACAAAUGAAACGUUACGACGUACCCUGUCUAGCUUUCAUCAAUAAACUUGAUCGAAUGGGAGCUAAUCCCGACAAAGUUCUCCACCAGAUGAGAACUAAAAUGGCCCAUAACGCGGCAUUCAUUCAACUACCGAUUGGACGAGAAUCAGAGACGAAGGGAAUUAUUGAUGUUAUCACUCAGAAGGCUAUAUUUUUUGAGGGACAGUAUGGGGAAGUUGUUACUUCAGGGGAAAUCCCCCAGGACAUGAAGGACGAGGCGUUGGCAAAGCGACAAGAGCUCAUAGAACAUUUGAGUAAUGUUGACGAAACUCUUGGAGAAUUCUUCCUCAACGAAAGUACUCCAAAAGAACAGGAUAUCAAGGACGCAGUAAGACGAGCGUGCCUGAAACGUACUUUUACUCCAGUUCUUGUUGGUACUGCCUUGAAAAAUAAAGGUGUUCAGCCUCUUCUUGAUGCAGUCCUGGAUUAUCUACCGCAUCCUGGAGAGGUGACUAAUUAUGCACUCAGGGAGAAAUCCAAUGCGAAACCUGAAAAAAUUCUGUUAGAUCCAGCUAGAGAUGGUCAAAAGCCUUUUUUGGGUCUUGCUUUUAAACUUGAACUUGGAAAAUUCGGACAGUUGACGUACUUUAGAUGUUAUCAGGGUAAACUUGAGAAAGGCCAGUCGAUUUAUAACACGAGGAACAGAAAGAAGAUUAGAAUAGCUAGACUCGUGAGACUGCACUCCAAUCAGAUGGAGGACGUUACUGCAGUCUAUGCUGGAGAUAUUUUCGCUCUGUUUGGUGUUGACUGCGCGUCUGGAGACACCUUCGUCGACAAUUCCAAGUUGGAUCUCUCCAUGGAGUCUAUUUACGUACCUGAUCCCGUCAUCUCCAUGUCAAUUGCACCGAAGAGCAAUAAAGACAGAGAUAACUUCGCCAAGGGGAUCGCCAGAUUCACCAAGGAAGAUCCAACCUUUCGAUUCUUCUGGGAUGACGAUAAUAAGGAGAGUAUUGUAUCUGGAAUGGGUGAACUUCACUUGGAAAUUUAUGCUCAGCGUCUGGAACGAGAGUAUAACUGUCCGGUGAUCCUAGGAAAACCCAAAGUAUCUUUCAGAGAAACUUUAGUUGCCCCCUGCAACUUCAAUUACAUUCACAAGAAGCAGUCUGGUGGUGCAGGACAGUAUGCCAGGGUAAUAGGCACCAUGGAACCCCUUCCUCCUCAUCAAAAUACUCAGAUUAUCUUCUCCGAUGAAACUGUUGGUACAAACGUUCCCAAGGUGUUUGUUCCAGGAGUUGAUAAGGGGUUCAAGGCCAUGUGUAAUAAAGGAUUGCUGACAGGGCAUAAGAUCACUGGAGUUAAGUUCCGACUCGUGGAUGGUGCUCAUCAUAUUGUAGAUUCUUCGGAGUAUGCCUUUCAACUUGCUGGACAGGGAGCGGUCAGGCAGGUCUUUGAAGAUGGAUCCUGGAGCAUUCUCGAGCCCAUCAUGUACGUGGAGAUAACUGUACCUGAGGAAUUCCAAGGAACUAUCAUGGGACAAAUGACCAAGAGGAAGGGCCUGAUUAUUGGAACUGAUGGCAAUGAUGGAUGGGUUACGCUGCAUGGUGAGGUACCCCUCAACGAGAUGUUUGGAUAUUCUGGAGAAUUGAGAUCUUCUACACAGGGCAAAGGGGAAUUCACUAUGGAGUACUGCAGGUACAGCCCUUGUAAUCCUGAAGUCCAGGAGAGACUUAUCAGGGAAUAUCAGGAAUCUUUGGGGCAGUAUCAACAAAAAAAGAAGAAUUAGUAUUGAAUUUUUAAUGG